UCAUCUAUAGAAUGCCAUGCAGCUUCUGCGCUACGGAUGCCUCUGUAUGGCAUAGUUGACACCUUUUACCGCUCAAAAUAUUAGAAGAAUUCCCCUCAUUUACACUGUACAAUUUCCAUUGUCGGUUAUGCUCUAACUGUCACGGAAACUGAUAUGUAAGAAGAAAAAAAUACAUUAAUCACGCACAAUACAUUAGAAUAGCGGCAGAUUAUAGUGACUAAAUACACUCGUUGGAGACAGGCCUACAUAAUGAAUCGGCAUUGUACAUUGUACACGGAAUUUACGCCACGUAAUUUUCUGGCAUAGAGCCAGUUGCCUGCGAACAUCAUGUAGGCUAUAAUGUUGCGCAGUCACUCGUGACAUGAACAAUUCGUAUGUGUACUGUCCCCAUUAUAUUGUUCGAUGACUGGUAUCGCUAGUUUUAAGUAUCGAAGUACAUGUAAUCUAGUUUACCUUUACCUGCAAAACUCCGAUUAUAAGCGCGAUUGCUAUACCAACAGUGCCAUAAUAAUACUUUUUUUUAGUGUGAUGUAUCAGAGCCACCAUGCACAAACUUGCUGACUCAAACUUCUGGAAUUCCUUUGUUUGAUAACAUAUUCUUUGUUGGGGCCAAUCGCAUGCGAUAUAAUCGCUGUAUUGUAAUCAGAGAAAGUCUCGUUGAAAGCUCACCUACCAGUUUGAAAUGCUCGCCGUGACGUUUUACCUAACUGUUGUUGGUGACCAGAUACCAUGUCCGUCAUAAUAUAGGUACAUGUUAGGGUCUAUGAAAAGACACGUAGGUAAAUGCAGCAAAACAGGUAUUCGGGAUUUCCCAAGGUACAUUGUGGCGAAGUGACUAACCACUUAUUUUCAGCCACAACUUCGGUAUUGCGCAACUUGUUCCGUGUACAUACGUCAUCUUGUUGGCUGUGUUGUUCCCCUUUCCGUUUUGGGGUUUGUUUUUAUUUUGGUUUUGCAACUGAAAUAGUGCAGUUGGUACUCCGCCGUCUAUGCUUUGGCAGGAACCGCCGGACACGACACGACAAUCGGCAUCCUGCGCUCACGGUACCAUUUUCUGUGCUGUGAUAGUGGAUUUUACUACGCGUGUUUCAACUCGUUAAUCUACCAAAAGAUGUGAUUAUGCUACAAAGGCCGCAGAACAUCGUUCGGUCACUGACGGCGAUGACCAGUGCCUGUUUCAUUGGUGCCGCUAGGAUUGUGUACAAUCCACAUCAACAAGGCGACAAUAGAGGGCGCCCUCCCGACAGACUGCUUAAUGACGUUGCUAAGGAAAUCGUAAGUGACUGGAGGAGGCUGGGGAUUGAUCUUGGCCUCAGUCGGGCAACCAUUGCCAACAUUGAAAGACUACCCAACAAAGACGAACAAGACAAAGCGUUUGAGAUGUUGACAAGCUGGAAGCAGAAAUUGAGAAAUGGGGAGGACGGCUUCAGACUCCUAGUUGCCUCACUAAGCAAGUGGGAGCGAAACGACCUUGUCGAGAUGGUUGAGAAUGCAUGUCUUGAGAUGCCAGUGGUUAAUCGUGAUGACUUGGCAGCUCGCAUCAGAGGGAUGCUUAGAUCUAAAUACUGCGGGCAUCGUAUCGUCACCACCUCCUCAAAUGGCGAAGUAAAAUUUGAAUUGCCUAACAUUUUCACUCCCCUGGAACUCACUAAGAAGGCAGUUGUGUCAACAAGACUAGGAGCACACAUGGAGCUGCUUGACUUGAGAAACUCCGAUGGGGACAUGUACAAGCAAAUCCUGGUCAGAGGACCGAUGGGAUGCGGGAAGACUGUUCUCUUGAAAGCCAUUUCGCAGGAUUGGUCUAAGCAAAAUGCCAAUCUUAGCAGCUCCGCCAGCAUGUAUGAGUUGAUGUUUUCCAUUGAUCUCCGGGACGUCAGCGAAGCAGAAGACCUGGCCGAUCAUGUCUUUAAGCAGCUUCUGCCCGAUGAUAUCACAGACCUGUCCAGUGACUCUCUCCGAUCGUAUCUCGAGGAUCCAGAGAAGCAGUCUAGAGUCGCUGUCCUCCUCGACGGGUUGGACCAACUCACCUGCUGCGGUAACAAACUCAGCUCUAAAGUGGUCCCCGAGUAUUUCUACAAGCUGAUCACGAAGAAGGUCCUGAGGGAGAGCUUGGUCAUUGUGGCUUCCCGCACUCUGACGAAGAAGCUUCCCGACUCUUACCAAAUAGUAGACGUGGGGGGCCUCAGUAAAGAGGCUGUCACUACUUACGUCGAGAAGUUCUUCCAAGGGGAUAGUGCAAAAGCGCACUAUCUCCAGGAUGUCCUAGUGAGCUACUCACCAGACCUGAGAGACUUCUCGACGAGCCCAAAUAUUGCCUGUGCUCUCUGUGAGCUGUUGAACUCUAAGGGUGAAAGGGGGUUUCCUACGAAGUUAACAUCGCUUUACGACAAGAUAUUUGAGGAUAUGAUGAGGCAGUACCAGUCCGAUAUCUGCUUACACGGCAAUGGUCCAAUAAGAUACUUGGCCAAAAGCGUCCUGAAAUCUAUGGAUCUCGCGGACGUUUUCCCAACAUUUCACAACCCAGUCCCAGUCAGAGACGAACAACUUGGAAGGUUCUUCCAUGACAUCGGGAAGGUGGCUUUACGGGGCCUUCUUGCCCACAGAGAGAAUCAGGAUUUUGAAGAAUCCGACUUCGGGAGAGACACUCUGGCGAUAGCCAGAUCAGUUGGUCUUCUGGUAAAAGGCGAUGAAACCUCUGCAGUUAUCAGGUUUUGUCAUCAAAGCAUGCAGGAAUACUGUGCGAGCAAAUACUGUCAGAGCCUCGCCGCAUCAAAGCCGACUAAAUUUAGAAAGAAACUUUUGGAGAAAGACAGUUUGGUAGACCUUGUGAACCUGUACCGGUUUUGCUGCGGGGGAAGCGGGGAAAGCAGUGAUCUUGUCAUGAAGUUAGUCGUCCCAUGUCUGGCUCAGAAAGAAGUAGCCGUCGGAAGCUGUCUGGAGGGAAGGGUGGCUCUGGCUUGCCUGACUGAGUUCCACUCAGAUGACUUCCUCCGGCAUUUGGUGGGGUUCCUUACCAAAGAAGGUUCGAUCAAAGUUGAGUACUCGUUCUCCGGCUCCUGCCUCCUGCGCGACUUAUGCAGUGUUCUUGCCACAGCACAUGGCAGAAAAGAAUUCAGGCAUAACCUAGAAAGUGUGCACACCUUGGAUGUCAGUUGUAGGAUGAACACCGGAUGUAUCAGGCGUAUCGCAGAGAUGGUAAGGCAACUGAGACAUCUGCAAACAGUCAGUGUGGUCGACAAUUCUAACCAAAUCCCGUUUCAGCUGGAUACAGCUCUGAACGGUGAAAGAGUUGCUCUGCAUCCGGUGAGUGAGCUGUCUUCAAGUCUGAGACGCCACCACCUCUCCAAGCUGACCGUUAUCAACUGCGGCUUAGACUCCAGAUGCCUGGCAUCAGUGCUGAGCCAGCUGCCUGAUUUGCAGUCCCUGGACCUGUCAAACAAUCCAGGGAUCAUCUGGUCCCGGCUCCGGAUGACUGCCCAACCUCCCAGGUUGACGACGUUGACUCUGAGGCAGUGCGGAAUCAACAAAGACCAAGUAGGCAGCUUUGUCCAGUUUCUCCAACAGCAGCCGGAUCUCGUAGAGCUUGAUAUUGACAGGAAUGACCUGGACACGUCCGGUCUUGGCCUCAUCCUGGACGCCCUCUGCGACAUGGGGAAGCUCCAGAUUGUCUCUGCAGAAAGGAGGCGCUCGGACGGCAUGCUGCUUCCUCACGACGAAACCGUGAGGAUGCUAAGACGUUGCAGUACCCUGAAGGCGCUCAACGUGAGCAGAUGGGAACCGAUGGACGAAGACGCUGGAGCAGAGAUGCUUGAAGCCGCAAGCAAUCUGGAUGACUUCCAGGCACUCAUAUUCGAUGAGAGAUCAGUCAUUGUCGACGAGUUAGGAAAUGUAGCUACUUCGCAAGCCCUUAUAGUAAUCCAGCCAUAG